GGGCGGAAGGAUCCACGCAAGAAGAUCAUCGAGAGUUUAAGAGAGCCGAUCGGAGAGCGGAAAGGUUCAUUCGGAAAGGAUUGUUCUGGUCCGAGAGAUCGCCAAACGAUGGGUGCAGCGAGGUCCAGCCAAUGGUUGCUAUUGGGAAUAGUCUUCGUAAUCUCUUCGAGUCGUGCCACAAGUGAAACGGAGGUCACCGGUGUACUGCAGACUAGGCCAGAGACGAUCUUCACGUCGGUGAUCGAAACACGGAGCAGCAACGACGCGAAUCGUACCGAUUUAUCGCCGGGUUCGCCGCGAAGACGUCGAUACGUCCGAUUCCCCACUGGUCCCGCCGGUUACCUGUUCGAGGGUGGCGGCCCUCCGACGGGGAGGAACAUCGGCGUGCCACCCAGUUUGCGAUACCCCUCCUGGAGGCAGCACAAAUCGCUAUGGAGGAGCCCGGUCUCGGAUUACAACAGACCGGUGAUGGGCCAUCGAACGCCUCGGCUGAUCUUCCGGGACAACGAUUUCCCACCCCCCGUGGGCGGCAGCGCACCCUCUUUCUUCCAACAGUCGAAUCAUUUGCCGGACUUCGAGGACGACGUCAGAGAUCAUCGAAAGCAAACGCUCGACGAUUACCCUAGGUUAGAGUCAGAGCCGCGUCAGCAAAACAGACCGCUGUGGAAGGGUGACGAUUCGUUGUGCGCUGACGGACGAAGCUGUGAAUUUUUUCUAAUGUGCUGGAUGUCCGCUGGCCUAUUGGACGGCAGUUGCGGCGGCAUUAUGUUCGCUUGUUGUCAGCGGCAAGAGCCGAAAGGUAGCUCUGAUUAUAACCUGAUCGAUGCGCCUAGAGAUCAGUCUCAGCCGCUUCCGUUGGACACUUACACGGAGACCGCCAAUGAUGAUCGUUGCGGGAUCCCCGCCUCGAAACAGACUGCCCAGAGGAGAAUCGUCGGCGGUGACGAUGCUGGUUUCGGCAGUUUCCCAUGGCAGGCGUACAUACGAAUCGGGUCCAGUCGUUGCGGAGGCACGCUCGUCAAUCGGUUCCAUGUCGUCACUGCUGGCCACUGCGUUGCAAAGGCGUCGGCUCGUCAAGUGCAAGUGACUCUAGGGGAUUACGUGGUGAAUUCCGCCAGUGAAACGCUGCCAGCUUACACUUUCGGUGUCAGGGAAAUCCGUGUUCAUCCUUACUUUAAGUUCACUCCUCAGGCUGACAGAUUCGACGUGGCUGUUCUACGUCUGGAUCGGCCGGUUCAUUAUAUGCCACAUAUAGCCCCGAUUUGCCUGCCCGAGAAGAACGAGGACUUUUUGGGCCAAUACGGUUGGGCAGCUGGAUGGGGCGCUCUUCAAGCUGGGUCGAGGCUGCGACCGAAGACGCUACAAGCUGUCGACGUACCUGUGAUAGACAACAGAGUCUGCGAGAGAUGGCAUCGGUCUAACGGCAUCAACGUCGUCAUCUACGAUGAGAUGAUGUGUGCCGGGUAUCGUGGAGGUGGCAAAGACUCCUGCCAGGGCGACAGCGGCGGGCCAUUGAUGCUGGAGAAAACAGGUCGCUGGUACCUGAUCGGCAUAGUCUCGGCUGGUUACUCGUGCGCGCAGCCAGGACAGCCGGGAAUCUAUCAUCGCGUGGCGAAGACCGUAGACUGGAUCACUUACGUCAUCAAUUCGUAG